AUGUUUAUAGAAGUUGCAGUGUCCGCAUUCCUUAUUUGGGUUGUAUGGUACAUUAGUAAUACCUGGAUAAAGAAGCGAGGAAUGCCACCUGGUCCCUUUCCUCUCCCGUGGAUUGGCAAUAUACCUCAGGUUAUGUCCAAUCAACAAUUUCUUUUCGAAAAUUUGUCUAAUGAAUAUGGAGAUAUCUUUACGGCAUUUUUGCCGAAUGGAACGUUUGUUGUAAUAAAUACCGCGUCGCUAGCAAGACAGGCGAGACUUUCCGCAAGAAACGACUUCGCGGGCAGAUCUUCUGAAUCAAGCUACCCUUUAGAGUUGAUAUUUGAAAAAGACGUUGGCUUUUCAGACUAUUCGCCAGGAUAUUUAUUCCGCAAGAAGAUAGAGAGAGCUAAAGAGAUCAAAAAGCUAUUAUUUUUACCAGAAUUUUUUGCCCAUCGUGAGACGUAUACUCCAGGUGUAACACGUGAUCUGACAGACAGCUUCAUCGCAGCUUAUGAGAAAGAGAUUGCCAAAGAGACUGGAAAAGACAUCGGAUCAAUAGAAGACAUACCAAAUUUGAUGUUAGAUUUUGCUUCUGGUGGGUUUGAUACAACUGCAGCUACAAUAUGUUGGUUCCUCCUCCACGUCGUUUUACGUCAAGAAAUCCAAGCGAAACUUCACAAAGAGAUUGAUAGCGUAGUGAAAAACGAUCGACUCCCAUGCUGGCAAGAUGCUCAGAACAUGCCCUUCCUACAGGCUACUUUAUGUGAAGUUAUGCGAACGUCGGGUCCUGUUCCAGCCACAGCGACAACUGCUAUUCGUGACACAAACGUCGCUGGCUAUCAUGUUCCAAAGAACACAAUACUCUUUCUAAAUAUCAACCAAAUUCACUAUGAUAUCAGAGAAUGGACUGAACCUAAUGAGUUCAAGCCAGAACGAUUUCUUGACGAAGAAGGAAAGUUCGUUGGUUGGACAGCGCGACAUGCUUUUAUGCCUUUUGGCCUCGGUCGUAGAGAAUGUCUUGGUCAACAGUUAGCGAAGGUCACGAUGUUCGUUUUUGCCUCAACGCUAUUGCAUCACUACAAGUUCGAACUGCCUGAAGGAGCAGAGAAACCGGAUGUUUUACCGACAGGUCUACAAGUUCAUCGUCCUAAAGACUUCACGCUUGUGGCAAAGAAGAGACACUAA